ACAACUCAUGUCGUCUCUUUAACCCAGGUCACAUGCGCUUGCAGGUAAACAAAACUCCUCACAAAAGGGACGCCAUCAGGGGUUCUGCUCAUAGGAGUCAUUGGACCUUGAGGGAUUCAGACAGACAAGCCUCUGUGCUGUACCUACAACGAGCCUACUUGUUUUCCUCAGACUCACGGAAACAGGAUGCGUCUGGUGUGGGACUUUUGCGUCUUCUUGAGCCUGCUGCCAUCGUCUGCCUCUCUGCUGCUGGGCUCCUUCAACAUCAGAGCAUUUGGCAUAAAGAAAGCCUCCAACACCACUCUGAUGGACAUCGUCAGCACGAUUGUCCAUCGCUAUGACAUCAUUCUAAUCCAGGAGGUUAGAGACAGUGAUCUGACAGCAACCCAGAAACUCAUGGAGCACGUCAACAAGGAUUCUCAGUUCAGAUAUGACCACAUCGUCAGUGAACCUCUGGGUCGCAACACGUACAAGGAGAGAUAUCUCUUCCUCUACAGGGAACAGAUGGUGUCUGUGGUUCAGAGCUACAUUUACGACGACGGCUGCGAGUCCUGUGGGACGGACACUUUCAGCAGAGAGCCAUUUGUUGUCAUGUUCUCCUCUACAAAUACUGCUGUGAAGAACUUUGCUCUGAUCCCCCAGCACACGGCUCCAGAGGACGCUGUGAAGGAAGUGAACGCUCUCUAUGAUGUGGUGGCUGACGUCCGCACUCGCUGGAGCACUAAUAACAUUGUGCUGCUGGGUGACUUCAACGCAGGCUGCGCAUAUAUAAAAGACUCCGAAUGGCAGCAGAUCCGUCUCUUCACAGACAAGAGCUUCCACUGGCUGAUCCCAAACGAAGCGGACACUACAGUGGGAGACACUAAAUGUCCCUACGACAGGAUUGUGGUCACUUCUGAUAUGAUGAAAGGAGUUCAGCAAAGCAGUGCUAAGGUUUACAACUACAUGAUUGAGCUGAGUCUUAGCCAGAAUCUGGCACUGGAUGUCAGUGACCAUUUCCCUGUCGAAGUGAAGCUGACCUGAAUCACAAAUCUGGCGGCUUCUCUCCAGUUGAAAGAUGAUGAUGAAAUGAUGUUCAGAGAACCUCACUAACCACAAACCCAUGAAUUACAAAAGUAAUUAAAAAUGAGGCAUAGAAAAAUAGUGUCUAGUCACAGAUAAUAAAUAGUGACAAAACUCACUGGUGGAAGCCCUAAAACUGUCAAAGCUACAACUCUUUAGUUGAAUGUGCAAAUUAGAAGUGUACAUUCAUUUUGAAAAGAAAACGUAGAAUAAAAAAUAAAAAAUAAAUCAAUGAAUCAUCUGUUUAUUCAUCAAUGUAGGCUGAAAAAGGCAUAAUCUACUGUGGGCUAUUCAAAUACAUUUUCAUUAGCUGUUAUGUUUGUGAAGAUACACUUUGGAUUUCCCCACAUGCCGGUAGCAAAAGACAAAAAGAAAUAUUAACACAG